CAGAAAGAUGUCCUCCCAAGUCCGCCUGAGUCUGCUGCCGAGAGCCAGAUGCAUGUUCGACGACCCCGUCCAGGUGAAGGUGGCCGGUCUCAGGUCGAGACAGAUGGUCACCCUGAGAGCCAGAUCCACUGACGAGAAGGGAGUGGUGUUCAGCUCCUCGGCCACCUUCAGGGCUGAUGGGAGCGGGCAGAUCGACCUGGAGAGGGACCCCUCCCUCGGUGGGACCUACACAGGCGUUGAACCCAUGGGUCUGCUUUGGUCCAUGAGGCCGGACACUUUGCAUAUGAAGUUCCAAAGAACUAAGUCUCUAAACCCCCACGGAGUGAAGAUCUCAGUUCAUGACCAGGAAAAGGAGGAGGGCAGGAUCCUGGCAGAAGCGACCAAUGAAAGGCUCCUGAUCGGAGACGGGGUCAUCCGGCGCACGGUCGGAGAGGAGAAUAUUCGUGGGGUCCUCUUCACUCCGCCAGGAGAAGGUCCGUUCCCCGCUGUGUUGGAUCUCUACACCUUCAGUGGAGGUUUGUCAGAGAAAAGGGCCUCCCUGCUGGCCGGCCGAGGGUUUGUGGUUCUGACUGUAGCGCUGUACGGUCACAGCGACAGGGCGAGGUGUCACGCGAGGAACAUCAGAGAGAUCCAUCCGGAUUAUUUAAAGGAGGCAGUGGAGUUUUGUGCCCCUCGAGGAAAACGAGAAGGCUUCUAA